AUGGUGUGUAAGUUGAAUAAGGCAUUGUAUGGAUUGAAACAAUCACCUCGGGCAUGGUUUGGUAGGUUCCGGACAGUUAUGAGGAAGUAUGGGUUCAAGCAGAGCAAUUCCGAUCAUACACUUUUAUUGAAACGUCGAAUGGGUAAAUUGACGACACUUAUUGUUUAUGUGGAUGAUAUGAUUGUUACGGGUGAUGAUAAAGAGGAAAUCUCAAGCCUGAAAGAUUACUCAGCAACGAAGUUCGAGAUGAAAGAUCUUGGUGGACUGAAAUGUUUCUUGGGUAUAGAAGUAGCUCGAUCUAAACAAGGAAUAUUUCUAUCUCAAAGAACAUAUGUUUUUGACUUGUUAGCCGAAACUGGAAUGCUUGAUUGUAAACAGGAGUCUCCUUGUCCUAAAAGGACUCAUAUUGCUUCCAGUGUGGGUCAAGAGUUUUUCAAAGCUGAUUGCUGGCCGUCUUCUAUUGGGAGUCUUGAUAAUGAUCCCUUCAUCAAGUGGCAUCCUCCAGACAAUGGUUUUGUAAAGCUUAACUUCGAUGGUUAUGUCAGCAAUGCAAAAACUGGACCUGGUUUUAUAGUUCGAAAUGAAGAUGGCUUUGUUAUUGGAGUAGGGGCCUUUAAUUUGAAUGGUGCAACAAUCAAUGAAGCAGAGGCUAGAGCUUUAAAGGAAGGUCUCGCAUAUAUCAAAAGGAAAGGAUUCACUAAGAUUAUCAUCGAGGGUGACUCCAAACUCAUCAUCGAAGCAUUUCAAGGGACGGUUGAACCUCCUUGGAAUACAAGCACUUGCCUAGAUGACAUUAAAUGGUUUGCUUCAGCCUGUUUGUUGGUGAUAUGGAAGCAUACCUUUAGGGAAACAAAUUUUCUUGCAGAUGCCUUUGCUAAGCAGCGUCUUACCAGUAGUAAUAGUCAUUUUUGGGAGUAUCGUAUUUCAAAUUUUGCCUGUGCUGCCUUGUUAUUCGACUCUUUAGGUAGUGGUUCUAAGUGUGGUUUUUUGUUUUAA